AUGAGCAACUUGGUAAAUAUAACAAGAAGAGACAAUCCAAAUACUAUAAAAUUGCGCCGCAACCAAAACGUGCAUAACAGCAUUUUGGACUACGUGGGAAAUACACCUCUUGUAAAAUUAAACAAAAUACCAAAAAAACAUGGAGUUGAGUGUGCUAUUUUUGUUAAAUGUGAAUUUAUGAACCCUGCUGGCUCAAUUAAAGAUAGGAUCGGUGUGGCCAUGAUGCAAGAUGCUAAGAGUGCGGGCGUUAUAAAGGAGAACACUGAAUUUGUCGAAGAAACAUCGGGGAAUACUGGCAUUGCAAUUGCGUUUAAUGCCGCAAUUUUGGGAAAAAAAUGUACAAUAGUCAUGGACGAGAAAAAUUCUUCGGAGAAGGUAGACACCAUGCGACUGAUGGGUGCCGAAGUAUUGAAGCUGAAGGGUGGAGAAAUAGAAGUGGCUCGACAAAUUAAGGACAAAAAGCCCAAUACUGUGGUCAUGUUGGAUCAGUUUGUUAACCAUAAUAAUCCAAGGAUUCAUUAUGACACUACUGGAGCGGAGAUAGUGUCUGCUAUGGAAAAAGUGGAUAUGGCCGUCAUGGGAGCUGGCACAGGUGGAACUAUAAGUGGUAUUGGGCUCAAAUUAAAAGAAACUUACCCUGAUUGCCUAGUGGUUGCGGGAGAGCCCGAGGGCUCGAUUAUGUUCAACAAAUUUGGUAAAGAACAUCCAUUUCUGGUGGAAGGAAUAGGAGGACAUGGAAACUUGAUUGUACUGGACCGAUCUAUUGUCGAUCACUUCGAAGACGUAACUGACCAAGAAUCCUUUCUGAUGGCAAGGGAACUGGCAAAAGAAGAAGGAAUCCUAUGUGGUGGAAGCAGCGGGUGUGCAGUAGCUGCAGCUAUAAAAGCUGCUAGAAGAUUCAACAUCGGCGCAGGCAAAAAUGUUGUUGUUGUUUUACCCGAUGGGAUUCGUAACUAUAUGACCAAAUUCGUCACCGAUCAAUGGAUGGAGGCGCGGCUUUUUAUGGAUCCUCCUGAACGUACUAUGAGACGAUUCGUAGGUGCCAUUUCUAAAGACAGUCUCCGUAAUUUUGCAACCAAUCCAUUAAAAUUACCGAACUCAACAACUGAAGAAUUUAACUUUGAGGAUCCUGUGACAAAACACCUUGCCAAAGAUUGUUACACGUUAGCAGAGAAUGGGAAAAAGGGAAAACCGACCAUUGGUCUUCUGUCUCGUAUACUAGACAUCACUCGUUUUGUCAUUGUCGGAGAGGAAGGCCACGAUAACGAUACCGACUCGGAUUACUUUAUUCCAAAAGGCGUCGUCACCGGUUCUGACGUUCUUCAAUACAUUUACGAACUCCGUAAAUAUUGA